CACAUCUGUAUGAAGGAACAGGAUGAAAAAGAAGCUUCACAUUUAAACUCACAGUUUAAAAAACGUGUAGGAUCAGUUGCGGUGUACCUCGAUCGUGAUCCGUCUGGAAACAAAGCGAGAGCAACAAACCGAAUGCGGAUCUGACUUUUAUCUACUAUGACUUCAGCUGUGUUGGCAUCACCCCGGCGGUCGCACUGUUGAUUAAAAUCAGCAUCAGUGGCCUACUUGUUCGGCAGGAGAACUGUUGUUUGUUUGGAGGACCACAGCCGGAGAGGAGAAGGACUAGAGCCGGGAGGAGAGAGACGUUUGGGCGGUUUGAGAUGCUCCACUCGGAGGACUAACUGAGCUUGUAGCACUUCACCGCUCUGGAGCUUACCAACAUGGGGGAAUGAAACAGGGUCUCGCAGCCAUGAAGACGCUGCCAUGUCGGGUGGAGCCGGGAAUACCUGCACCCGUUGCAUCGUGUUCAGCGUGAGCUCACAAACAACGAUGCCGCUUCACCCUGGGGAAGAAUGGUUCACUCCGCUACUGCCCCGCUUCCAGAGGCGGGGGACACUAACGCCACUCUCUGCUGUCUCGUUACGGGGCUGCUGAACUUUUCCUCCACGAGGCCGUCGAUGGAGAACAUCUCCAUGGGCUCCCGGUCGCCCCCGGAGCCGGGCACGCCGACGACGACGGCGGAGUCCCCGGAGAGCCAGCGAGGCGUCGGCCUGCCCCUGCAGGUCUUCUUCUGCUUCGUCAUGGUCGCCAUCCUGCUCUUUGCUCUGCUGGGCAACGUGGUGGUGUGCCUGAUGGUGUACCAGAGGUCCGCCAUGCGCUCGGCCAUCAACAUCCUCCUGGCGAGCCUGGCGUUUGCCGACAUGAUGCUGGCCAUCCUGAACAUGCCCUUCGCUCUGGUCACCGUGGUGACCACCCAGUGGAUUUUCGGAGACGUGUUCUGCAGAGUGUCGGCAAUGCUCUUUUGGUUCUUCGUGAUGGAGGGCGUGGCUAUACUGCUUAUAAUAAGCAUAGACCGUUUUCUUAUUAUUGUCCAGAAGCAAGAUAAGCUGAGUCCACAGAGAGCUAAAGUGCUCAUCGUGGUCACAUGGGGAUUGUCUUUCAUUUUCUCCUUCCCACUGGCUGUCGGUUCCCCUCCCCUACAGAUCCCCCCCAGGGCUCCCCAGUGUGUAUUCGGCUACAGCGUCGAUCCCGGUUACCACACCUACGUGUUGAUACUACUGCUAGUCUUCUUCUUUCUACCUUUCAUGGUCAUGCUGUACACAUUCAUGGGGAUCCUGAACACCAUCCGCCACAACGCCAUCCGCAUCCACAGCCACCCGGACAGCAUCUGUCUGAGCCAGGCCAGCAAACUGGGCCUGCUGAGCCUCCAGAGGCCCUUCCAAAUGAACAUAGACAUGAGCUUCAAGACCCGUGCCUUCACCACCAUCCUCAUCCUCUUCUCCGUGUUUACAGUGUGCUGGGCGCCGUUCACCGCCUACAGUCUGGUAGCUACAUUCAGCGACGGUUUCUACCACAAAGACAGCUUUUUUCAAGUCAGCACGUGGGUCCUGUGGUUGUGCUACCUCAAGUCGGCCCUCAACCCCCUCAUCUACUACUGGCGGAUCAAGAAGUUCCGCGACGCCUGCCUCGACCUGAUGCCCAAGUACUUCAAGUUUCUUCCUCAGCUGCCGGGCAACACGAAGAGGCGCAUCCAGCCGAGCGCGGUGUACGUGUGCGGAGAGCAUCGCUCCGUGGUGUAAAAGGAAAAAUGAUUCCACCCUCGGAACACUUCAACACUGUUAAAAACACAUCGUUACAUAAGGUACCUUGCAGUUCUGGGGCUUGUUUUGUUGUUUGGUGGUAUACUUCUCCUGGCGUGUGUUCAGAACCAAAACAGCGCUGCAUUAAAAACAAGGCAAGGGGCUGCGUUGGUGGGGGGCCUGUUGCUACGGUUACCGGUGGGAAUAUGAAAUACAAUCGAGGAAGUCCAAUAUAGGUGCAUUUUAAGGCUUAUCAGAUACCAAAACACCUGUGCACCAUGGUUUAUAAUAUUAUUUGAUUUUAAUAACUGGAAUAGGGCUGGGUAUUGUUUGAAAUUUUCCGAUACGUUAGCCGAGUUUCAGUGCCGAAACAGUACGUUCUUGAUACUUCACUUGAGGAUAGGGAUGCACCGAUCUAACUUUUUCAGUCUCUAUGGCGAUACCUGGGCUUUGGGUAUCGGCCGAUACCGAGUACCGAUCCGAUACCAGUGUUUGAUUAAUAAGCUGUAUGCCUCACUGAGUUAAACAUUGCUUUCCUAACUUUGUAAAACAAAGUGUAACAAAUAAAUACAUAGCCUUGAUGUAUAUUUACGGAAUUGAAUUAAAAUAAUAAAUUUAAUUUAAAUGAAUUUAAUACAGCAAAAAAAUAAGUCAAAACUUAAUCAGGAAUUAAAAUUCCAAUAUAUACAGUAAUGUAUAUAGUGUAUACAUAUUGAAU